AUGUCGUCAAGUUCCAAACAAGUUGACCGGUUCUGUCAUCAGUAUCUUCAGCUCCAGUCUGACUUGUACUAUCCAGAGGCUUCACUGUUGAAGACUUCUCAGGUCCAAGAUGCGUUUUAUGAGAGGUUAUUCGCUGAUGGAGCUGUGAGAUAUGGACCUCCACCACGGUUUCAACUUCGAGUUCUCAAAGAGCUCAUGUCCAGAAUUGAAGCUAGCAUUGAUGACUGGGAAGAGUAUGGCGUAUCUGAUGACUUGAUGGCUGCGCUUUCACUCUUUCUUGCAAACCCAUUGCCUUCAGAAGCCACUUCUGCUCAGCAAAAGUCAUAUGUCACAUACCAUCUCUCUGAGUUAUGUGAAGACAGCUCAAGACCAAGCCAGCAGGCGCCUCAUAUCACCCUUCUCGAGAACCACUCUCUCAUCUCAGGCUCAGGGACCACUGGUCUACGCACGUGGGAAGCUGCUCUUCACUUAGGCUCAUACCUUAGCCAGAACAGACACAUUGUCAAGGGAAAGCGAGUCUUGGAACUAGGAGCUGGUACAGGAUAUCUUUCUAUCCUUUGCGCCAACUUCCUCGGCUCUCAACAUGUCAUAGCAUCAGAUGGCUCUGACGAUGUGAUCAACAACCUCCCCGAUAACCUUUUUCUCAAUGACCUUCAAGAUUCCACUCAAGUAACUCCAAUGGACGUGAAAUGGGGACACGCUCUCAUGGGUACCGAAGAGGAGAAGUGGAAUGGUGGGCGUCCUAUUGAUGUCGUGCUAGGCGCCGACAUUACUUACGACAAGAGCGUGAUAAGAGCCCUAAUCGGGACUCUGCGUGAGGUAUUUGACCUUCAUCCACAUGUGGAGGUUUUCAUCUCAGCGACACAACGAAACGAGAAGACGUUUCAAGCGUUUCUGGAUCAGUGCCAAGCUAACGGACUCGCCGUCGAGGUGAUACAAUUCCCAAUCCCAAAGCGGGAAGUUCAACAGGGUCCUUUUUACAACGAUAAUGUCGCUAUCCAUAUCUGCAAAGUGUCCAGAACGUAA